AUGCGCUGGGACGACCCAAGCGACGCAGCCCUCUCACCAACUUCCGAGGAGUAUUUCCCCAAGUUCAAGGCCGAACCGUCCUCUCCUUCUAUGUCCGGCUUGGAAAUGCAGGGCAGUGGAUACGGAAAUCAAGGAUCUAGGAUGACCGACGACUCUGCAAUAUUCGGCGAAGAUCCAAUGUCAGAGGAACCCCUCUUCCAAACACCAGACGCAAUAGUUCCGCCACCAAUGACCACUAUACCCAGUCGCGAGGGCCUCUACUCAAAACCUCUGUCUUGGCCGCGACCAGUCGCUGGUACGAGACAAGCGCAACAAUGUGUUGGAACACUCACUCCUCAAGAAGAAGCCAGACUUCGCAGCAUCGCCAUGCCAUCCACACAACCACAAUUCGCCGCCUCUCCCUCCUCAUCUCCGCCGUCACCCGACCCAACAGGGAACCGCAAACGGAAGUCCAGCGUAGAGGAGGAGGAAGAAGAAGAUGAUGACGAGAGUCCAGACCCUGCCAGAGUCCACUACCAGCCUGUCAAAAAGACAGCACAUAACAUGAUCGAAAAACGAUAUCGCACCAACCUCAACGAUAAGAUUGCCACAUUGCGAGAUUCCGUCCCCUCGUUAAGAGUCAUAAGCAAGAAGAACUCGCGCGGCCAAGAGAUAAAAGAAGAUCUACAGGGUCUCACACCCGCACACAAGCUAAACAAGGCAACAGUUCUCGCCAAAGCAACAGAAUAUAUAGCACACCUGGAGAAGCGUAACAAGAACCUCGCAAAGGAGAACACAAGCCUGAAAGCACGCCUUGACGCAUUCGAGAUCUUAGUCAUGUCGAGUCAAUCGCAAAAUAUGCAACAGCAGCAGCAGCAGCAGAUCAAUAUGGGUCGCGCACAGCGGGCCUCGAUAGUUGGGAGACAGCAACAACUCCCCUCGAGACAACAGUACCUGAUGGACGGCAUGUUAGGUCCUAUCUGA